CUCUGUCGUUGCUUUCAGUCCAACGGCAAAAGGAUUCGGCCCGCCCGCUUCAACUGGCUGAACUGGAUGUUGGGGCCGUCAGAAGGAUGACGAUGAUCGCCCCCGGCCCUGGGGGGCUGUUGAACUCGGCGGGACGGUCCGACAUGCCGACGAGUGCUGUUGUGCCGAACAGACGAAUAGCACCGUGGCACGGAUCUUUGGUUUAAUUUAGAACCUCACAAGUUCUGCCCAUGGCCAGUUGCGCGCGUUACAGGGGGGUAAGAGUUAGGCUCUUUGCGAAUGCACUCACGAAUUGUGAGUCGUCUUUCUCACUGGGUAAGACCCCGAACAAGGUUUUUCCUUGCGUGUGCGAAUUUUGGGGGCGAAUUAUGAGGCGUGCACGUUGUCUCAAGGCUUUCAUAGCACCUGAGCCAGCAGCCUUGGCGAUUCACAUCCGCUUUUGAUUUUCCAUGGCCGCUUAACUUCAUCCCUCCCAUCAUGAUCCACGCGCGGGGAUCCCGCAGUUGUUCACGGUACCAGUCGCGUUCAAUCCAUCGCCAUGCAUUCGGUUAUUUCAUUCUGGUCCCCUCAAGUGGCACCCUCGCUUCUACUGAG